GCACUGGAAUGAUGUGGUGAUCGCCGACAGCAAGAUUCUGGUGUCUGGUUAGCGACGUUAGCUUGCUGGCUAGUUGUUUAUUUAAACUAAUCUUAGCGUAGCCUGCCAUUCUUUCAGGCGAGUUGUCCUUUUAAUAACAUGCCAUGUGUAAUAUGGCGGAGGGAAGCGAGUUUUAACCAUUUCAAAAGAGGACAGAGCUGAGGUCCGGUGUAUAGCAGGAGCACUGGCGGCUGGGCGCUGUGUGUAUGCCUGACCCAGGUGUGGGAGUCUGACGGCGAUGGCGGAGGCGAACACACAGCCCGGCUCGACGGCCCGCGGGCCCUACAUCGCGGUCAUCACCAACCGGAGGACCAACCUGGCGAUCCGCGGGCUCAUGCUGUUCUCCGUGGGCGUCUUCCUGGCGCUGGUGCUGAACCUGCUGCAGGUGCAGCGUAACGUCACGCUCUUCCCGCCCGACGUCAUGGCCAGCAUCUUCUCCUCCGCCUGGUGGGUGCCCCCCUGCUGCGGCACAGCCUCAGCAAUGAUUGGCUUGCUGUACCCCUGCAUCGACCGUUGCCUGGGCGAGCCCCACAAGUUCAAACGCGAGUGGUCCAGUGUCAUGCGCUGUGUGGCUGUGUUCGUGGGAAUCAACCAUGCCAGUGCUAAGGUGGACUUUGCGAAUAACGUGCAGCUCUCUCUGACCCUGGCCGCGCUGUCCGUGGGCCUGUGGUGGACGUUCGAUCGUUCGCGGAGCGGCUUUGGGUUGGGCGUGGGGAUCGCUUUCCUGGCCACUCUGGCCACCCAGCUCCUGGUGUACCAUGGGGUCUUUCAGUAUACAUCUCCAGAUUUUCUCUACAUACGUUCCUGGCUGCCCUGUAUCUUCUUUGCUGGUGUAAUAACGAUGGGAAAUAUAGGACGCCAGCUAGCUUUGUAUGAAUGCAAAGUUAUUCAAGAAAAGCCACAUCAAGAAUGAUAAAGCUGGAACUUUUCACAUUUUUAUCGCAUUUUAAAUGGGUAAAAUGCCAAAUUGCUUGUGUGUGGGUGUGUAUAUGUACAUGCUUGCAUACUACACAUCUCUCCACAGAAUAGUGAAAUUGCAGGUACUGCAGUUUAGCUUCUUAAGUUUGGUAACCAGUGCAAUCCAUGAUUGCAUCUUUACCAUUAUAAAAUGGCUUAAGCCUAGAACUUGAUUAUGAUUUUUUAAAAAGCAAAUGUACGAAGGGUGUACCGUCUCAUCUGUUUUCUAUGUCAUGGAGCACAAUUUUUGAGAUGGGUGAGUUGUAUCUGUCACCAUGCAGCUAUAACCAUGAGUAUUAACAAACAAGCCUGCAAAUUUCCAAGUGAAUUUUUACGUGAAAUACAGACUGAUUGUGUGAUAUUCAAAGUCGGGUAGCACUUCUACUGAGAUGCCAGGGCAUUUCUUUAAACUAAUACUCAUUCCAAUGUUUGUUCUGGGAGCUCUCUGUAUGGGUGGUGGGCAAAAGGGCCGUAUCUUUGUCUGCUUUUCAUGCCAACCUCUGGCCUUAAUUGCUUAAUUAGCCGUCACAUUUAUGAAAACAUAAAUUUAAACCAUUUUAGCUACAUUUCAUGAUAAACAUGAAUGACAGCCGAAGACUGUUAUUGUGGCCCAAUACAAAACCUUUUGCUGUGAUCUAAUCUACGAGUGAACCAGUGUUGCUGUAUGCAGCCAAUAUACACACUGACCCUCUGGGACUGGAACUGCCCUCCCCUGGGGUAAAUGAAUGCUUGUAUUUUGGCCAGUUGCUCAGUGAGGUACACCAUGCCCACUUUCUCCCCUGUGUGCUAACUGCCUUCAUGAUCAUCGCCUGUGGUUAAUGUUCCGCAGCUCAGUCAUCUCUUUCUGAUGGAGGUCUUCAAGAACAUUUCUCUAAAAAUGCAUUUCUCUUAAGAUUCUAUUGUUGGAUGGUCAUAUUACUUUGGCUACUUGUCAGGGGUCUAUUUUUGAUUAGCGUUUGAAAAGAACUCACUGUAGCUCAUGAACCCCUGACGCAAGAAUUGCGGCAUUUUGAAUUCAUUGUACACCGGGCCAGGCAAGCAGUCAGUUCCUCUCAUCGUGUGUAAAGUUAGGGCUAAAAACUUCAGUUUUGUCAUAGGCUUAUUCCCCAGGACAAGGUUUUCUUUUUGGCUACAUUGUGCCAAACGGACUUCCACCACAGAUUCUUUUUUUUUUUCUUUCUUUUUUUUUUUUCAUUCUGCAGAUAUGACUGGUCAUGGAAAUUGUUGCGAUCACUUUGUAAGAUAUAUUUAUUGCUUGCUUUAUCAAUACUUGGAAUAUAGGUUUUGAGUUCAGUAUAUAUAUUUACAGUUGUCCUAAAAAGUAAAAGGGCUUGAUCUUAGUGUUAUACUACAGGGGUAGACACGUGGGCCCAAGGAGCCAGAAAUAGCUUGGUCCAUCUGAGCUUCAGUGCAUGUAUUCAUGGAUUAAAGCCCAAUUCACACCCUGUCGACAAGCGUCGUGCUACAAAAAUGGAAGUGUCGCACAACGGUUUGCGUUUAUACUGGAAAUGGCAGCAAAUGAUGCUGUAGCCUAUCCAUGACAAUUACUUUUACUGCUCCCUUUGGCUGUCCUAUCAGCACUGCACGACAGUAUGAUGUUUUCCACAACAUCACAAAAUUGUUUUGUGCGACACUAUUUCCUGAUUAAAAUGUUUUUGUUUUUUUUGUCAUACACAUUUAGUUGAAAGGGUCGUGCAGCAAAGUUUAAAUCGGGCUUCAGUCAUCCAGCAGAAGGCCGUUUGAGUCCUGUCAUGUGAUUGGCUCAGAUAGAACAGAAACGAUGGACUUCUCUGGCCUACCUGUACUCUUAUCCUAAGAGAUGGUGUUCCGCUGGAACACACACACACACGAGUGUGUGCAUAUCCUCUUAUUCAUUAAUUAAUGUGUGGGGUGUAUGAUUGACAGGGUUUGCUCGGUCUGGUUUGUAUUAAUUUCUUAACUUUAGAUGUAAGAACGGGCCUGCAGCCAGUUUCCCUGCGGGUCUGGAAUGGGCUCGAACAGUGUUAAAGCAAUACUUCACCCAGAGUCUCACAAUCCUGCACCGCUGGGAUGCAUGCGUAUCCUGGUGUACUAUGCGCUGUCGCUGUUCCACUGGCACUUCAGGGCCCUCGCGGGUUAAACGGGAGUACGCAUCCUCUUCUCGAUUUGAGGGAUGACGUAAAAAAAAAAGGGAUAGCCUUGCGUAUGAUGGGGAAAAUGCCAUUUCAUAUUUCAAAAAUGAAGGGAUAUUGUUUAUAUUUGGAUUUAUUUUCAGCGAUAUUUUCAAAAUAAAUAGGCUUUAAAUGGGCCAGAUAGGAACAUUAAAUAUAGGAAGAAUGGUUUUUUUUGUUUUUUUCUUCAAUCGGAAAAGGGUUUUGUUUUUAUAAAAUAAUGUAGGCCUAUUCAUCAAUUUAAAUAAUUUGGCCACUUGCGAAUUGGUGUUUGUUAUUAUGCUUUUAUUCUCAGCAAACAAACUGUAUCAAACAGGUGAAACUUCAGUGAUGGCUCUCUGUGGAGAGCAGGCUGGAGGAACAGGGUCACAUCUUAUAAGUUCAGUUAGCUCUUCGCUGAGUCACAACCUUAUCUGGUGAACCCUCUGAACGGGACGGUUCUCUGUCCAACACGUAUCUUCUGGAACUGAAAUGAAUGACAUGUAUGCAAUAAAUAAAAAAAUGCCUUGACAAAAAUCAAAA